AUGACAGUCCAGCGCGCAUACCGCAAGACCUGGCAGCCAGUGUGUAAAGCAGUCCAGUACAACACAGCGAGGAGACCGGAACUGUUAGUCGGCCGUGAAGUCCGGGCUGGAGCCAACACGGUCACCACUUCUCAGGUAUCUCAGGCCAACACGGUCACCACUUCUCAGGUAUCUCAGGCCAACACGGUCACCACUUCUCAGGCAUCUCAGGCCAACACGGUCACCACUUCUCAGCCAUCUCAGGCCAACACGGUCACCACUUCUCAGCCAUCUCAGUCCAACACGGUCACCACUUCUCAGCCAUCUCAGGCCAACACGGUCACCACUUCUCAGCCAUCUCAGGCCAACACGGUCACCACUUCUCAGGCAUCUCAGGCCAACACGGUCACCACUUCUCAGGCAUCUCAGGCCAACACGGUCACCACUUCUCAGGCAUCUCAGGCCAACACGGUCACCACUUCUCAGCCAUCUCAGGCCAACACGGUCACCACUUCUCAGCCAUCUCAGGCCAACACGGUCACCACUUCUCAGGCAUCUCAGGCCAACACGGUCACCACUUCUCAGGCAUCUCAGGCCAACACGGUCACCACUUCUCAGCCAUCUCAGGCCAACACGGCAUCUCAGGCCAACACGGUCACCACUUCUCAGCCAUCUCAGGCCAACACGGUCACCACUUCUCAGCCAUCUCAGUCCAACACGGUCACCACUUCUCAGCCAUCUCAGGCCAACACGGUCACCACUUCUCAGCCAUCUCAGGCCAACACGGUCACCACUUCUCAGGCAUCUCAGGCCAACACGGUCACCACUUCUCAGGCAUCUCAGGCCAACACGGUCACCACUUCUCAGGUAUCUCAAGCCAACACGGUCACCACUUCUCAGCCAUCUCAGGCCAACACGGUCACCACUUCUCAGGCAUCUCAGGCCAACACGGUCACCACUUCUCAGGCAUCUCAGGCCAACACGGUCACCACUUCUCAGGCAUCUCAGGCCAACACGGUCACCACUUCUCAGCCAUCUCAGGCCAACACGGUCACCACUUCUCAGCCAUCUCAGGCCAACACGGUCACCACUUCUCAGGCAUCUCAGGCCAACACGGUCACCACUUCUCAGGCAUCACAGGCCAACACGGUCAUCACUUGUCAGCCAUCUCAGGCCAACACGGUCACCACUUCUCAGCCAUCUCAGGCCAACACGGUCACCACUUCUCAGGCAUCUCAGGCCAACACGGUCACCACUUCUCAGGCAUCUCAGGCCAACACGGUCACCACUUCUCAGGCAUCUCAGGCCAACACGGUCACCACUUCUCAGCCAUCUCAGGCCAACACGGUCACCACUUCUCAGGCAUCUCAGGCCAACACGGUCACCACUUCUCAGGCAUCUCAGGCCAACACGGUCACCACUUCUCAGCCAUCUCAGGCCAACACGGCAUCUCAGGCCAACACGGUCACCACUUCUCAGCCAUCUCAGGCCAACACGGUCACCACUUCUCAGCCAUCUCAGUCCAACACGGUCACCACUUCUCAGCCAUCUCAGGCCAACACGGUCACCACUUCUCAGCCAUCUCAGGCCAACACGGUCACCACUUCUCAGGCAUCUCAGGCCAACACGGUCACCACUUCUCAGGCAUCUCAGGCCAACACGGUCACCACUUCUCAGGCAUCUCAGGCCAACACGGUCACCACUUCUCAGGUAUCUCAAGCCAACACGGUCACCACUUCUCAGCCAUCUCAGGCCAACACGGUCACCACUUCUCAGGCAUCUCAGGCCAACACGGUCACCACUUCUCAGCCAUCUCAGGCCAACACGGUCACCACUUCUCAGGUAUCUCAGGCCAACACGGUCACCACUUCUCAGGCAUCUCAGGCCAACACGGUCACCACUUCUCAGGCAUCUCAGGCCAACACGGUCACCACUUCUCAGGUAUCUCAGGCCAACACGGUCACCACUUCUCAGGUAUCUCAGGCCAACACGGUCACCACUUCUCAGGCAUCUCAGGCCAACACGGUCACCACUUCUCAGGCAUCUCAGGCCAACACGGUCACCACUUCUCAGCCAUCUCAGGCCAACAAAAUAUUGAUAUUUAUAUUUUAA